GCUCUGUUGUGAACAUGCCCACUGAGGAGAAGACAAUGUCAGGCAAUUUGAGUGACCUGUUCAACAAAGGUGCUUCGAUUAGUGGAGAAGACUUAUGGUGGGAAGAUUAUACUUUUAAUUACUCCUACGAUGCCACCAACUGUUGUGAGGGGGGUGACGUGUGUGACCUGAACGAGGGCAUACAUUUUGAGGCGGUGUUCAUCCCAGUUCUGUACUCUGCUGCGUUUGUUGUGGGCCUCCUGGGAAAUGGAUUGCUCCUGGGAGUUCUGGCUAAGAGCAGGAAGAACUGGAGUGUGACAGACACCUUCAUCCUCCACCUGGGCGUGGCUGAUGUCCUGCUGCUGCUGACCCUGCCCCUCUGGACUGCGCAGGCCGCUCAAGUUCAAGGCUGGACAUUUGGUACUCCUAUCUGCAUGAUCACUGGAGCUGUUUUUACGAUCAACUUCUACUGUGGGAUCUUUCUGCUGGCCUGCAUCAGUCUGGACCGCUACCUGUCCAUUGUUCAUGCUACCCAGAUGUACUCCCGUAAGAAGCCUUGGGUGGUUCAGGCCAGCUGUUUUGCCGUCUGGUUCUUCUCCCUGCUCCUCUCUAUCCCUGACUGGAUGUUUUUGGAAGCUUUGUUGGAUGACAGACGAAACAAAACAGAGUGUGUUCGCAACUACCUUAAGUUUUCCUUUCAGUCAGUAGAGAAGUGGCGCCUGACAUCACGCCUGCUCUAUCACACGGUGGGCUUCCUGCUUCCUUCAGCUAUCUUGAUCUUCUGCUACUCCUGUAUUUUGCGGCGGCUGCGGUGUGGCACCCAGGGCCUUCAAAAGCAGAGAGCUUUCAGGGUCAUCAUGGCUGUGGUGGUGGUUUUCUUCCUCUGCUGGACGCCAUACAACAUCACACUCAUGGCGGAAACACUUCAUUCCAACAAAAACAGCGACACCUGUGGAGUCAGAUCAUCUCUGGAGAAAGCUAAGAUUAUCACCUCCUCCAUUGGUUACCUCCACUGCAGCCUCAAUCCCAUCCUGUAUGCUUUUGUGGGUGUGAAGUUCCGGCGUCAGCUCUUCAACAUCCUGAGGUCUCUGGGCUGCAUGCUGAAGACGAGCGUCAAAUUUCAAUCAGCUGUCAGCAGCCGGAGAACCUCUAUUUGGUCUGAGUCUGCCGACACCUCCAACUCCAUGGCUAUCUGAGAGAGAGAAAUGAACCUAUUGACAAGCCGACUGAUGAACCUGAAGCUUACAAGCAGACUUUGACUGAAACGACGACAGAGACACGAACCUUAUUUCCUGUGUUGUAUGACCUGUAACAGGCUAUGCUUUCUUUCAGCUUUCUUGUAGUUCAUAGCACUUUAGCAGCUGAACAUGAACAUACACAGGACAAAAAUAAUUCUGUUGCUCUGUAACUCAAGGUCAUACAGCUGUGCUUUUGGGCAGCAGAUUAAUUUUUCUUGAGUAGUAGAAAAAUAACAUUUCCCUAUUCUGACUAUCAAGCAGCAUUGUAUCAUAGUCAGCACGUCAUGCAAUACUGCAGUGAGUAUUAUUAAUGUAGCUAUCUACUGUCUCACAAACCAACUUUGGCAUAUUUCAUAGCGUAUAUUUCAUCUUGUUUUUUUAAUUUAUUUUUUAUUAUGGAAUAUUCAAAUACAAAGUAAAUUUAAUUUAAUUUUUUUUAAUCAUAGACAAGUGUGUUGCCAAGAUGACUGUACAGCAACAGAGCCAAAAGACCAUGAGAUUACCAUUCAAAGGCGACAAUAUCAACACCCCCUUCUUGGAAACAUAAUAUAUAAACAAAUAAUACAACAGUAAGCCAACUAAAACACAUUAAGCAGCAGAUUCAAUCUGUUGAUCAAGUGUGCUAUUGUCUUUCUGUUUCAAUUGGAAGCCUGUAGACAAUUUUUUCAUUGCACAGAUGUGUUUGGCUGAAUCCACUGUUAUACUGCAGGCUGCUCUUUAAAACAAUCUUUUUGGCUGCUGGGAUUUCCAGUGGAUGUGGAUCCCACCCAGGAUUUUGACUUUUUAUUUCACUUUCUAUUUCACCAAAGUCAAGUAAAAAAAAAUCAGGAAAUCUGUGGCUAUGCACAUAUUAUACAUUAGAAUGGUUAAGGCUUAUUCUGAUAUGUUUUAGGUGAAAUAUCCCAACAUAUUUUGGGUAGAAAACACCUGGCAGUGUGGAGAAGGCUUUGGAUCAACAUAUAUAGCAUGAUGUAAAUAAACUGAACAUUUAACAUUCAAAUGAAUAAAUAACAUGAAAUGUUGUGGAAAAAAAUGUGAAAACUUUACAUAUUUUAAUUUGUAACUAAGUGAGGAUAUGAUGUAUAGUGACAGGGAUUUUUCAGGGACUGCAGUGAGUAUUAUUACUGUAUCUUCUAUUUUACAAACAAACUUUUAAAUCAUAUAUUUUGUGACAUAUUUUGACUGCUUUAUCUUGGUUUUGGAUAUGGAAUAUUCAAAUAGAGAAUAAAAUUUUACUUUUUGAAU